AUGAUUAUGAAUAUUUCAACCCCUCAAUACCCAAGUGUUAAACUCUCUCCAGAUUCUCGAUCCUCAUCUUGGGGUGACCUUUUUUUUGUUGACAAUUUGCUAUCACUACACAAAGCUGAUGCGGCAAAUGAGAAUCUUCAAUUCAAUAUCUUCACCGAGGAAGUCCAAGAAUCGCUGAAAAUUGAUUUCUCCAAAGGGAAAAACAGAGAAAAGGUCAAUUCCAGGGCGAAAGAAGAGAAUCUAAAGCAAAAGCACUACAUAGGAGUUCGAAGGCGACCAUGGGGAAAGUUUGCGGCCGAGAUUAGGGACUCAACAAGACGAGGAAUGAGGGUUUGGCUCGGAACCUUUGAUAGUGCUGAGGAGGCCGCUUUGGCUUAUGAUCAAGCAGCAUUGACGAUGCGAGGCCAGUUAGCUCUCCUGAAUUUCCCAAAGGAGAGAGUUCAGGAGUCGCUUCGAGGCAUGCAGUUGACGUGCAGCUACAAGAAUGGAUAUUCCCCAGCUGCAGCUCUGAAGGAAACACACAAGAUGAAAGGUAUGUCAAAAGGUAGGACAAAGAAAGGGAAGGUCAAAAAUGCAGGAAGUGAUCCAUGGGUCUCGGGAAUUUCUAACAAUGUUUUGGUACUUGAAGACUUAGGAGCAGAUCUGCUAGAUGAACUCCUGAGUUCAUCUGAGAGUGCAAGUACAAGUUCGUAA